GCCGCACUAAUCCACACCCACCAUGCUCUAGACCCGCCCACGCGCGGCGGGGUCAGGGGUCGGGUGGGCUGAGUGGCGAGCGGCAUGAAGAAGUGUCAUGUCGCGCGCUGUCAGUUCUCGGCGUGGUACGCAACCUUCAGGGCCCACACCAUCAAGAGCAUUGUGAUUCCACUGCCCCAGGACGUGAUCUCGUACCUCCUCGAUGAUGGCACCGUCGUCAUCCCGGGAAGGCUAGAGCCGGCCCGAGCAGAAGUGGAGGAGGGUGACGACGUCCAGUGGUCGGACGAGGAUGAAGACACGAGCGUGCUCACGGCCCCCGAGUUCCCGGAGUUCGAGGUGGAGGUCCGUGAUGCCAUCGAGACGCUGGGGGGCAGCGUCUUCCCCAAGCUCAACUGGAGCUCCCCCAAGGAUGCCCAGUGGAUCGCGCUUAACAGCUCACUCAAGUGCUUCUCCAUGAGCGACAUCUUCCUCCUCUUCAAGAGCUCUGACUUCAUCACGCACGACCUCGCACAGCCGUUCCUGCACUGCACGGACGACUCCCCCAACCCCGAGAUAAAGUACGAGCUCGUGCUCAGAAAGUGGUGCGAGCUGAUCCCGGGCGGGGAGUUCCGCUGCUUCGUCAAGGAGAACAAGUUGCUCGCAAUAGCGCAGAGGGACCACUCGCAGUACUACCCCCACCUGGAGCGCCAGCGCGACGAGAUCCGCGCGGCAAUCCAGGACUUCUACACCGCGCGCGUGCACACGCGCUUCCCCAGCGAGGACUAUGUAUUUGACGUCUACAGGGACAGCCAGGGCCGAGUGUGGCUUAUCGACUUCAACCCGUUUGGGGAGGUGACGGACGCCCUCCUCUUCUCGUGGGACGAGCUCCGGACGGGGCGACUCACGGAGCCGGAGGCGGAGGAACAGGACUUGCCAGCGUUGCGGUGUGCCACGAGCGAGUCGUACCUGCAGCCCAGCGCACACCUCGGCUACCGGCUCCCACGAGACUUUGUGGACCUGAGCACGGGGCAGGACCCUCACAAGCUCAUGGACCUGCUCAAGAUAUCGACAUACAGGCGACACGGAGAUCACAGCUCCGACGAUGAGGCUGCGCCGUGAGGGCCGGGUGCUUGGGGGACCUGCAUCAUCGCCCACAUCGUCAAUCCCCCUCCCUUCACCCACAUCGUCACCCCCAUUAUCAUGACCUUGCCAUCACCCCCACCGUCGCCUCUCAUCACCUUAACCGUCACUGCUUGUCCCACCUUACCGUGGCCUCCGUGAGUCGAGAGGGACGCAAGUGAACCGAGCGCAAGAGAUUCCUACACGGAACAACAAAACCAACUCCCCACGGUGUGCUCUGCUCCCCAGAUUUCCCGCACGUCUCUCUCUCCUCUCCACCCUGUGUCUCUCUUGCUCCUCCCCGCGUUUCUCUCCUCAUCACUUCACGUUCCUGCAUUGCUUCUCUGUCUCCUCCCCCCAUGUCUCUCUCUUCCCAAAGUCGCUCUCAUCCCUGUCUCCUCUUUUUCACCUCAUUUUUGCUCAAUUCCUCGUGUCUCUCUUUCCUACACUUGUCUGUUUCCUCCUGUAAACUCUCUCCCCCCCCCCCCCCCCCCCCGUGUCUCGCUGUAGAUAAAGGAGUGAAUGUCACACGUGCGUGGGGACUGUGCGGUGGGUUUUGCGUUUUGCGCGUGGAGGCUUCUGCUUUGUGAAGAUGAAUUAAACUUGUGGCUGCCUCA